AUGGGCGUCCGCAAACGAUCUCGAUCUGAGAGCCAGAGACAAGUUCAAGAUCAUCCAUUUCAAAUCAUAUACCCCAAAACUAUUCCUAAACCCACAGUCAAAGACGGUCGUCCAGUACGCAGACGUGUCAGGAUGCAAAGUUUUCCCUUCACAUGUUCCGGGACACAUAGCCUAGACCUUCUCCACUCUGUCAAGCCUACAGAUACCUGGUACAACAUGACAAGCUAUAAGAGCUUUGUCCUGAGUGGUGUUAAACAUAAACUGGGCGACUUUAUCUUUCUUGCAAACGAGCAAACUAUAAAGCGCAGGAAGGUGGAUGAGGACCAAACACCACAAGAGGAUGAGGAAUGGGUAGCGCGUGUUCUCGAGGUCAGAGCCUCUGACGCGAAUCACGUCUAUGCACGCGUACACUGGAUGUAUAGACCCGAAGAACUCCCGCCAGGCACGUUGGACGGUGGCAAGAAGAUCCAAGGCCGUCAACCGUACCACGGGGAAAAGGAGCUGAUCAUGUCGAAUCACAUGGAUAUUGUCGAUGUUUUGAGCGUUUCGGGCCCCGCUGAAGUAAAGUGCUGGAACGAAGAAGAAGAUAAAGAGACGCCAGAGGGGCUUUUCUGGCGUCAGGCGUUUGAUUGGCGUUCUUCGCGUUUGAUGUCUCUCGACAGGAUAUAUGAAGAAUUCUGGUAA